UAUGAUAUUGAUUCCUCAACCCCACUAAUUAAUGAGUGCGACACCACCAUCCUCUAAUUGUGCUAUCAGCAUACUAGAUGCUAGUGUACCACUAGCAUCUAGUGAUAUACUAGAUGCUGUACAUCUAGAAAAUGGUACAUCUAGUGGUACAUCUAGAAAAGAAGAAGAAGAAAGCCGGUCAAAGGUAUUCACAGAAAUGCCAUGUGAGCAUUAGCUUGUGAUUGCUCAGUUGAUGUUGCCAGCUGCUCCAGAAGACAUUACAAAUUCUCAACAGGUGAAAACACUUGUCAAGGAUAUUUGGGAUCUCAGGAUUUCCAAGUUUCGGUCAUCUGUAGCAGAAUUUAUCCAGAGUGAAGGCACACAUGCCAAAUUAGAUCGAUUGACACUACUAGAAAUCAAUAGCAUACGGCCCUUUCUUCCUCAUGCAUUUGACCAUCUCCAUCGUCUCUCAAAAGCUGCCCACACCAGUACCCUUAAUCAAACACAAGAUUUGUAGGACUUUCGUUGCCAAACAUUAUUUAGUUUUCAUAAUUUAAGUAAUAAAAUUUUAUAUAGCAUUGAGACAUGGUGAUCAAAUUAUCU